CCCCCUUUCUGUGACAUACAGUAGAUGGUGCAUCGAUUGCACACAGACGCUUGCUUUCCCUCUCGCUGGCUCAGUCCUGUGCGGGGAGGAAGAGGACGGAUUGAGACGUAUCUCCCUGCUUCUCAAGGUACCUUUCCUCAUGCUGAGCUGCUGUGUGGAGCCUGGCCGCAUUCUCUCUCUCUCAUCUCGGAAGAUUCUGCUAUAGAGAUGUCUGGUGAGAACAUCCUGUCUUCUCCAGAGAUCUGAAACGGGCAUUAUGUCUCAGCUCUUGCACAUGGAGAUUCCAAACUUCGGCAGCACUGUUCUGGACAGCCUUAACGAACAGCGGCUGCUGGGCCAGCACUGCGAUGUGGCCAUCAUGGUCAACGGACAGGCCUUCAAGGCCCACCGCGCCGUUUUGGCGGCCAGCAGCCUCUACUUCCGUGACCUGUUCAGUGGAAGUGCCCAGACGCUCUUUGAGCUGCCCUCAUCUGUGGCCCCGUCCUGCUUCCAGCAGAUUCUAUCGUUCUGCUACACGGGCCGGAUGACGGUGAGUGCCAGCGAUCAGCUCAUGGUCAUGUACACCGCAGGCUACCUUCAGAUCCAGAACAUCGUAGAGCGAGGAAUGGACCUCAUGUUCAAGGCCAGUGCUCCAUACUGCGACUCGCAGACAUCUGCCACAGACGAUCCCCCGAGCCCAAACAACAACAACUCCUCCCUGUUGCUAGGCGACCAGCCCACAACUGUCUGCAAGAUCAAGGAAGAGAAGCUGGAGACCCCGGUGUGUGCUCAGAACGGGGAGCUAAAGCACUCUGAGGAGGACAGGGGACCUAGGGGUAGAUCUUCAAGGAAUGGCACUCUUUUCUACACAAGUGGAGGCGCAAACGGGGUCAUACCCGUGAUGCAUGCUUACGAGCACUCGACCCGAGAUCAUGCCAGUCCCGGUGCCUCUAGCCUCCCGACCACAGACAGCCCAACUUCACACCAAAACGAGGAGGAGGACUUUGAAGACGACUCUUACGAGAGCCUGACAAAUGGGAAGAUCUUUGGGGGCUCGUCCGGGAUCUACGGCAGUAAAUGUCUUUUAACGGACUUCUCUUUUGCUCCAUUGCAGCUCAAAACACAACGGAUUUAUCCCUGUGAGUGUGAUCUAUUCUGUCUCUUCCCAGUGCAAGAGAAGAUGGAGGUGUCCUCCCUGCCUCUGUCCUUGGAGAACCGUUUCUGUGUGCUGUUAGGAGGAGACAGAGAGGCUCUGCCUGCCGGACUCAUCAGCCAGAUCGGCUACCGCUGCCACCCUGCUCUCUACACAGAGGGCGACCCUGGAGAGAGACUGGAGCUGAUUGCAGGAUCUGGUGUCUUCAUGACUCGUGGGCAGCUGAUGAACUGUCACCUCUGUGCUGGGGUCAAACACAAAGUCUUGCUGAGACGUCUUCUAGCUGCUUUUUUUGACAGGAACACACUGGCCGACAGCUGUGGGACUGGAAUACGUUCCUCCAACUGUGAUCCAAAUCGCAAACCGCUGGACAGCCGCAUACUCAACACAGUAAAACUCUACUGUCAGAACUUUGCCCCUAACUUCAAAGAAAGCGAGAUGAAUGUGAUUGCUGCAGACAUGUGCACCAAUGCCCGGAGAGUUCGAAAGCGCUGGCUCCCCAAGAUCAAGUCCAUGCUUCCGGAGGCGAUCGAGGUGUACAGGGGAACUGCGGUCCUGAGCCAGGUGGAAGGAGCUACCCAACCAGGCGGUGGCUUUCCCUUUGAGUCCGAGUUCAAACACCUGGCAGCGUCAAAUCUGACUCUGGAGCAGCAUCUCUAUGGAGACUGUAGAGAGACACUGAGGAAUGGCUCUCACUUCAAUAUGGAAGAGAGGUCCCAAAAAGGUGAAGAAGCCAAGACUGAGCCAAGCCGAGCCAAAGAGCCAGACAACCCGCAGGAAGUUGAAAGGCUUCCAGAGAGUCCCGAGAGAGCGGCUAGUGUGCUCGCCCUCAACCCUGCUAGCAAGAAAGGGGAAAAAGAGCAUGCAACCAGCAGCCCCAGAUCACAGAGAGAGGAACAGAACAGACAGAGACCACUAAAAGACGAUCAGUGACUUCCUCCACUUCAUACUAUUAAAAACUGGUCUGCAGCUUCUCACACCAAAAAGGAUCAUUACCAGUAAAGGCAGUCUCCCAUGCCACUGAACAUUACAUUAAAGCUGCAUGAUCAUGGGAACUGGACAUACAACAUUUUUUCCAGGAUAGACUGAAAAAUGUCUGCAUUAAAUACAGUUGUGAUUACAAGUUUACCUACCUCCUGAAGAAUCUACAAAAUGUUUGUUUCUUUUAAAAAUAUGAAGGGAUCAUAACAAUUGCAUUUUAGUUUAUUACUCACCUUAUUAAGCUGUUUGAGAGAUAUUUACAUUUAUUCCACAAGACAAAAUAAUUAAAUUUACACAUCUGAUACUUUUCAAAGGUUUACAUACCCUUGGAUUUUAAUAAUACAUAUUGCCUCCUCAAGCAUCAGUGACGGUCUUUUGCGAUAGUUGUGCAUGAGUUUUUGUUUGGUCCUGAGCAGUUAAGCUGUUCUUGACAAAGCCUCCAGGUCCAGUAAGUUAUUUGGUUUCCCAGCAUGCUCUGCACAUUUGAGUUCUUCCCUACAGUGGCUAUGUAAUGCUGCCAGUUUUGCUGCUCUGGACAAUUGAGGGACUCAUGCAAAACUGUGAUGCUUGAGGCAACUCACAAUAUUAAGAAUCAAAGGUAUGUAAACGUCUGAUUAGGAUUUUUGUGUAGUUUUUUUUUUUUUUUUCUUAUGAAAUUUACACAAAUAUCUGUAAUGCAGCUUCUUCAGGGCAAUACUAAAUUACUAAAAAAAUAAUAAAAAAACAAAAACAAUUUCAUGAUAUUAUUUUUAAAAAAAUACUAAAUGUAUUACUGAUUCCCCAAGGGGUAUGCAAACAUCUGAGCACGACUGUCUAAAAAAUUUAAAGAAGCCACUUAGCAUACGUAAAUACCGGCACAUAUACAAGCCCAGUACAUUAAGGCAAGCUGCAGUGCGUUUUUUAUGAAUGCAUGUGAUGCAUAAGCUCUGGCAUUUCUGACUAAAUACUCUUGCCAAUUACAGAAACAAAUGGAUCAUGGACUUCUGCAUGGCAAAAACAAGUGAAGGACAAAGGCCCUCCUUAAUAUAACACGACUUACAUGCUUCAGAAAUCAACUAUACUGCUUUGACUCCAGCAGGACAGUGGGGUUGCUAUGUACAAAGCUGACUGUGGGACUGCUGAGUUCAGUACAGUAAGGGAAGCUGAACAGAGAACAACAGUUCUCUAGAGAGUAGCUUGGACUCUCAGUUUUCCCUCUCAAGCUUUUUAAUCUUACUCUUGUUCUCAAGCUGCUGUAUAGUAAAUGCUUGCCUGUUUUUUUGCAUAUCAGCUGGUCUGGACAUUUGAAACGUGAUUGUAUGAUUGUUUUUUGGAAGAGAAAUAAAGGAAAGGAUUAUU